AGACAGAAAAAAUUUUUUUCUCGUUUCGAGUGAAAAAUCGAAGCAAGCAGCCAUCUUAGCUCGUCCAAGUCACAGUCGUAAGAGCAGUGUGUGUUCAAGUGCGUGCGAGAAAUUUUCCUAGCGUUCCCGAAUCAGGCAUCCAUUUUGCAGCCCCGCAGUACGAAAUGGCCCCGCAAGCAUCUACCGGCACACUGCCACUGAAAGCGGCUCCCUUCGAUCCGCGCUUUCCGAACACGAACCAAACCAAGUACUGCUACCAGAGCUAUCUGGAUUUCCAUCGCUGCGAGAAGGUGAAGGGCAAAGGGGCCAAGGUGUGUCAGUACUUUAAGGACGUGUACUGCGAUCUGUGCCCGAACGCGUGGGUCUCCAAGUGGGAAGACCAACGCGCGGAGGGUACCUUCCCGGGGAGAAUUUAAACGCGUGUGGUGGUGUUGAAAGCGGCACAGCAACAUUGGUCGUUCACCGGUUGAGCGAGCCAUUAGACUUUGUUUAAUUGGGAUUAUUUUAAGAGAACCGUUUGCUGCCGCUUCUAUGCACUCCCUCCACAGAUCAGUUUGACAAAAUUGGCAUUGGGUUGAAAAUUGAAAAUCCGAAUUGUGAAUUCGAUUGGAAACUUUAAAUUGGUUAGGGUCUGAUAGAAGAAUUAGUUCUAUGUGGCUGGAUAUCAUGUAGUUUCGUAUUGACAAACGAACACAUAUUCAUGUGCAAAAUAAACUGAUCCAGAAAAUAGUGAAGAAA